UCGUUACGCACAGCAAUGUCGGAUGGCAUAGCUAGAGGUCGUCUUGCUGCGGAUCGAAAGGCUUGGCGCAGAAACCAUCCUCCUGGUUUUGUGGCGAAGCCAGACGCCCUGCCGGAUGGGACGGUGAAUUUGAUGCUCUGGCAUUGUACUGUACCUGGAAAAGCUGGUACUGAUUGGGAGGGUGGUUUCUUUCCGCUUACGAUGCACUUCACUGAAGACUAUCCUAGCACACCGCCAAAAUGUAAAUUUCCGCAAGGUUUCUUUCACCCUAAUAUCUACCCAUCAGGAGCUGUAAAAUUGCCAAUCCUUGAAAUUCAUAAGAAAAGUGAGUGGAGACCGGACAUAACUUUGAAGCAAAUUCUAGUUGGCAUCCAGGAUCUGCUAUACCAGCCAAAUCCCGCUGAUCCAGCUCAAACUGAAGGUUAUCAUGUAUUGAUUCAGAAUCUUACAGAGUACAAGAGUAGGGUACGCCAGCAAGCUAUGCAAUACCCCCCUCUUGUCUAAUGUGAAAACUACCUGUUCUUUGGUAACUGUUUGUCGGCCUGCAAAUGUGUAAUGGUAAACUAGUUUUUCCCCGGACAAUUGUUGGCAUUUGGUAAUUGUCUAUGGCCUUUGUGUGAGACUGCUUGCUCAAAGGUUGUGCUUUACUUGACAAGAAUUUUACUUAUCAAUCUUGCGAAGGGUUUGUUUAUUUUAAUGAUGUAGAAGGGGUUGCGGAAAUGAGAUGCUAGCUUUACCUACUAAUCUAUAGAAUUUUCAAGUAAA